AUGGCUCCGAAAGACAACAGAUCCAACGUUCUAUCGCCCUCCGACCCGACCCGUUUGGACAAAGAGAUCCGAUACCGCGGGGUCAGGAAGAGACCCUGGGGCCGCUACGCCGCCGAGAUCCGCGACCCGGGGAAGAAAACGCGCGUCUGGCUCGGCACCUUCGACACCGCAGAGGAGGCCGCGCGUGCGUACGACGCUGCAGCGCGUGAGUUCCGCGGCGCGAAGGCCAAGACCAAUUUCCCCACGCACGCGGAACUCUCCCACGUGGCGCGUAGCCCCAGCCAGAGCAGCACCCUCGAGUCCCCCUCUCCGCCGCCGCCGCCGCCGCUCGACCUCACUCUCAACCCACUCGCCGCCGCCGGCUCGUUGGUGUUCCCUGUCUCCCGCCCCGUGGUUUUCUUUGACGCGUUCGCCCGUGCUGAGGUGCGCGCUUUCGAUCUUCCCGUGACCGCGUUUCGCCGCGCCGCCGUCACCGCCCAGAGCGACUCCGACUCGUCUUCUGUCGUUGACUACGAGCGGGUCCCACAUCAAAGAGUGGUGUUGGAUCUCGACCUUAAUGUCCCUCCUCCGCCCGAGGUUGCCUGA